GCUGUUGCAUCCGGGUAUUCUGUGGCUGAGUGUGUGGGUUAAGGAGGCGGGAAAUGGCGACCAGAGGCGCAGCGCCGAGUGGCAUCAAACUGAUUUGAAAACGAUAACAAAAAAACACGGGAGGCCAGGGACAGCGGCUCCCCCCCGCAACAGCCACCGAGAUCCGGCCCUUAACAAAGCGGCUCGCUUUCGUGGUUCCCGACGGCGGUGUUUGUCUUACAUGUGACUGUUAACAAUAUGAGGCUGAGAAUGCGCAAGGCAUCUCAGCGGCCGAACACCGCCCACGCCCCUCAACCGGCCCGGACCAAACGCAGACACCCAAACGAGGAAGAGUGCACCGUCCGAGGAAAGGGCCUUCUGUCCACCCUCAAGAACUUCAUCCAUAACGAUGCCUUAAAGGUGGAGCAGGAGAACCCAACCAAGAGAAGUCGUUUGACCUGUGACCUCAUCACCUCCACCCCAUCCAGUGCCAUCCCAUCCAGAAAGAGCGUCAGCCGGGUCCGCAGGAGGUGCUCCAUCGAUGGUGAAGCCAGGAACCAUGACACGAGUAAGCCGGUAAAGCCUAAUGGGAAGUUUGAAGAGGCUGGGGAUGCAAUGAGCAGUCCUCCCCGCACCACUUUGCUGGGGACUAUCUUUUCUCCCGUCUUCAACUAUUUCUCACCAGCAAACAAAAACGUUGUGUCUGGUUCAGACUCACCGGGCCAGGCCGUGGAAGCGGAGGAGAUAGUAAAACAGCUAGAUAUGGAACAGGUGGAGGAGACUCCCACCAGCACUGCCACAUAUGUUCCGCUGUGCCCCACUGCAAUGCCCUCCGCAGCCAUGAGACUCCCGCCCCCCAGCUACACACAGACAGAAGAGGAAGAGGAGGAAGUGGCUCAUGCUGAUCUACCACCCCUCACAGCCCCUGGAUCACCACCAGGCGCUGGGUAUGUGGAGGUCCCUGCCAGUGUUCCUAUUGAUGCCUCAUGUGAAGAGGAUUGGGAGGUGUUUGACCCGUAUUUCUUCAUCAAGCAUGUUCCUCCACUGACUGAAGAGCAGCUAACCCGAAAACCUGCUCUCCCUUUAAAGACGCGCAGCACACCGGAGUUCUCUCUCGUCCUAGAUCUGGAUGAAACUCUAGUCCAUUGCAGCUUGAACGAGCUGGAAGAUGCAGCACUGACUUUUCCUGUACUUUUCCAAGAUGUCAUAUACCAGGUUUAUGUACGAUUGAGGCCAUUCUUCAGAGAAUUUCUCGAACGUAUGUCUCAAAUUUAUGAGAUCAUUCUUUUUACUGCCUCAAAGAAAGUUUACGCAGAUAAGUUGCUGAACAUUCUCGAUCCGAAGAAACAGUUGGUCAGGCAUAGGUUAUUUCGGGAACAUUGUGUCUGUGUACAAGGGAAUUACAUCAAGGAUCUGAAUAUUCUUGGGAGAGACCUGUCAAAGACCAUCAUUAUUGACAACUCACCGCAAGCCUUUGCUUAUCAGCUGUCCAAUGGCAUACCAAUUGAGAGCUGGUUUGUGGACAAGAACGACAACGAGCUUCUCAAGCUGGUUCCUUUCCUGGAGAAGCUGGUUGAGUUGAAUGAGGAUGUGCGACCACAUGUUCGUGACCGCUUUCGUCUGCAUGACCUGCUGCCUCCUGACUGAGACACAAGUGUGGACUUCUGCACUUGGACAUGAAGUAAUAAAGACAGAAAAGG